AUGGAGAUAGACCCACCACCAAAAAUGCUUGACUCUCUCACCAUGACCAUACUGAUGAUGAUGAUGGCCACCUCCAUCGCACUUGCGUCGGAUGCAGUGGUGCUCGAAGGACAAGCAAGAGCACUCCUUGUCUGGAAAGAUAGCCUCGACAACCAAAGCAAGCAAGCCCUGCACUCCUGGGGAAACACGUCGACGCCUUGCAAUUGGCGCGGCGUCAGUUGCGAUACCGGUGUGCAGCGACACCAGCAUUUGCCGGUGAUCAGCGGCAUCUCUCUACGGGGUAUGCGGCUGAGAGGGGCUCUGGAGUCCCUCAACUUCUCGGCCUUGAGGACCUUGGCACGCCUCGACCUCUCACACAACCUCCUCGCUGGGAACAUUCCUCCUAGUAUCGAGGUCCUUGGUGAGCUCCAUGCUCUCCUUCUGCAAGGCAACCAGAUAAGAGGCUCAAUCCCACUAGGUCUAGGAAAUCUCACAAAGUUGCAUUCCUUAAUGCUUCACGAAAAUGAACUCUCCGGUGAAAUACCAAGCCAGAUAGGCAACAUGAGUAGUCUUUUCACCCUCAACUUGUCAAUCAAUCACUUGGUUGGUCAUAUCCCUUGUGAAAUAGGACACAUCAAGCACUUAGUUGCAUUAGAUUUGUCCAGUAAUAAUCUUUUCGGCAAAAUACCAAGCAGCAUAGGUGGUUUGACCGAACUCACUAGCUUAUACCUUUACUGUAACAAACUUUCUGGACAAAUUCCACGAGAACUAGGUUAUCUUCUAAACUUAAAGGACCUGCAACUUGGCAUCAACACACUCUCAGGUUCCAUUCCAGGAAAUUUUCAUAAUUUGACCAAGCUCACUGUGUUAAUUCUACGGCAAAACAAACUUUCUGGGUUAAUUCCACAAAAAAUAAAUUACCUUUCGAACUUACAGUACCUCAGUCUUAGUGAAAACAUACUCUCGGGUUCCAUCCCAAAUAGUAUAAAAAGUUUGACCAAACUCACAACCUUGUCCCUUCACAACAACCAACUUUCUGGGUUAAUUCCACAAGAAUUAUAUUACCUUGCAAACUUAGAGUACCUGGAUCUUAGUGAAAACAUAUUCUCAGGUUCCAUCCUAAAUAGCAUAGGAAAUUUGACCAAACUCACAGUCUUGUACCUUUACAGCAACCAACUUUCUGGGCACAUCCCUCGAGAACUAGGUCGCCUUGUGAACUUAGAGGAUUUGGAGCUUAGCGACAACACACUAACUGGUUCCAUCCCAAAUAGCAUAGGAAAUUUGAUAAAACUCACGGCAUUGUACCUUGACAGCAACCAACAUUCUGGACACAUCCCUCGAGAACUAGGUUACCUUGAGAACUUAGAGAAUUUGUCGCUUAGUAACAACACACUAUCAGGUUCCAUCCCAAAUAGCAUAGGAAAUUUGACCAAAGUCACUAUCUUAUAUCUUUUCAUGAACGAAAUUUCUGGACACAUCCCUCGAGAACUAGGUCGCCUUGUGAAUUUAUGGGAUUUGGCUCUUGGCCAGAACAUGCUAACUGGUUUUAUCCCAAAUAGCAUAGGGAAUUUGACGAAACUCACAACCUUGUACCUUAGCAGUAACCAACUUUCUAGACACAUCUCUCGAGAACUAGGUCGCCUUGAGAACUUAGAGGAUUUGAUGCUUCACAACAACACACUAACAGGUUCCAUCCCAAGUAGCAUACGAAAUUUGACCAAACUCACAAGUUUGUACCUUGAUAAUAACCAACUUUCUGGGCACAUCCCUCGAGAACUAGGUUAUUUAGUCAAUUUAGACUACUUGUAUCUUAGCUACAACACACUGACAGGUUCCAUCCCAAAAGACCUAGGCAAUCUCACAGAACUCGUUGGCUUGUACCUUGAAAAUAACCAAUUUUCUGGUCACAUUCCCCGAGAAUUAGGUUAUUUGGUCAACUUAGAGUCCUUGUCUCUUAGAAAUAAUUCACUAACUGGUCCCAUCCCAAAUAGCCUUGGCAAUCUGACAAAACUAUAUAAAUUGGACUUUCGCCAGAACCAACUUUCUGGGCAAAUUUCAUGA